CUCCCCGUUUCUCUUACACCGCACACAACACUUCUCAUCAGGCCCCGCAUGAGAUGUAUGUAAACGCAUGCGAGUAGGCAAGACGUGAGAAGCGGUCGUGAAAGAACAUUUCAGACCGCGGAGGUGGCAUUGCAAACAUGGAUUUAGUUUUGGGAGGAAGGGGAAGAUGGUUGAUGGUGGGGGGAAGGAACUUGUGGGUGCUUGGAGGUUUGUGAUUGAGGAGAGGGAGGUUGGAGGUGUUGUUUUGGUCUUGGUAGUGCGUGAGGAGGAAGGCGUGGGUGGAUGGGAGAAGGAGAGGAGUGGGAUGAAUGGGAUGAUUAGGGUUAGUUUUGGGCGGCGGGUGCUGGGGAUUAUGAGGCUAAGUUUCUGGCGGCGUGUGUUGGUGGUUGUUUGUGCCAUCGUUGGAAAUUUGGAUGGUGCUAUGUGGAACGUGCGUGUUGGGUAUGAGUGGACUGCUUGGCUUUGGAAUGAUGUCGAGAAAGAGCAGAGGUUCCUUGGGCAUGUUGAUACAAGGAGAUGACAGAUCAACCAUUGUUCAGAACAAUGCUGGAUGUUUCGAGGAACAAGGAGAAUGUAGCGG